AUGGUUGUCGGUCCUCUCGUCCGUCGGGGCGUGGAGCUUGCCUCCGAUCACUUCUCCAAAGAUCCCGUUGAGCAGGACCCCGAAAUGUCCGGCGCAGGAUGGUUGGUUGGUCUUUUGGCCCUCAUGACUCUGUUUAUCGGGCUUGUUUUCUGGGCGGUUGAAUACACCUAUGGAAUGGUCGUCGCAACCCUCGCCGCUGUCGAAGAAACAAACCCCGAUAUCUAUGUCCGCAUCGAUGCCGACUUCCAGCCCAACAAGCCCAUCGAUCCCUCCGAGCCAGAGAUGGCAUCCGUCCCUCCCAAGCCGAUUACAAGCAAGCUGCGCACUACCGUCAAGCACCUCUGCGCCCGUGGCGGUCGCUGGGCUCGAUUCCGCGGUCUGAGCAUGUUCAUCGCCUAUUUCCUGGCCCGGGGAUUCUUGACUGCUAUCGUCCCGGUUCGCAUGGACAACUUCCUCGGACAGUUCGUUGCCCAGAUGGUUUCUGGAGUUCUCUUGGCAAACAUGCAGCUCGCGUGGGUGCACAUCGUUAUCUCCGAGCCAUCUUCCAAGCGCUGGUACCAGCGUAUUCCCGGCUUCAAGAGCUGGGUCAGGUUCGCUCCCGUCGUGGUGUUUGAGCAUGCUGUCUCGGGCGCUGCUUUCUACUUUCCUCUGGCCCUCGCCGGGGCUUUUGGCGGUUUUGAAGUCUUCCGCAACUCGGAUGUGCCCCCCGCCAAGGUUAUCACUCAUGGAAUUGCUGCCUUUGUCAUUCCCUCCAUUCUCAGCUUCCUCAUCUCCGUGCCGGGCCGUGCCAUCUCCAUCCGUGUGGCUGCCUCGAUGCUCCCUGAGGAGGACGAGGCUAUUGUUCCCUUUGACCGCUCUUUCGGCGGCAAGGUGAGCCCUGCCAUCCUGGGUGGUAGCGGCAAGCUUGGUAUCUUUGAUGCAUGGAAGACCUUUGACCGGGCUGGUCGGGUUCGCUUCAUGGCCGUUAUUCUCAAGGUCUUUGCCAUCGAGUUUACCCUGAUGAUGGGCCUUUCUGUGAUGAUGGGUGCCCAGAUCUACCUGCUUGGAGCUGAUACCGUCCAGAAGCUUACUGGCGCCAUGCCUGAGAACACUGCUUAA